AUGGCGCCCAGUAACGGCGCUGCCAACACCAUCUCGAACAAGGACGCACAAGCCAUGAUCAAUGUGUUCAAGUUAAUAAAGAAUCCUCCGGCAAUUGACUUUGAGACCCUGGCCGCCCAUGGGAACUACAAGAAUGCUAAGUCAGCCAGCACCAUCUGGAGCCAGUUGAGAAACAGGCUCAGUCUCGUGCCGACUCCGGCUCCUGGUUGGGGCUGGUGGUCCAGGUGUCCGGGCGGUGCUGGCGGUGCUGGCGGUGCUGGCGGUCCUGGCGGUGCUGGCGGUCCUGGCGGUCCUGGCAGUCCUGCGCGCCUGGGUUUCCUGCGGCUGCUCCUCCUGCUUCUGCAGCACGCAAGCCAGGCUUAUGGACAACAUGCAAACCAAGCCUACGGACAGCACGGAACUCAGACCCAUGGUCAGCACGCUACCCAGGCCUCCGGACAGAACGCACAGGCCUACGGACAGCAUACAAGCCAAGCUCUCGCACAGCAUUUGCAGGCCUACGGACAGCAGGAAACCCAGACCCUCGCACAGCAAGCGAAUGCCUACGGACUGCAUACUGCAAGCCAAGUCUAUGGUCACAAUGCAAGCCAGGCAUACGGAUAG